GUAUGGAUCACGAGUGCUGUGUGUAAUCUGUUCAUUGUCAAGCAGCGGCCGCCGGUAGUCUGCCGCCCUGGUGAGAAAUGGUAGGAGUCUGUGGGCUGGUUCUGGCUUUCUGCGUUGCCGUUUCGACAGCAGACGAAGCCGCGUUCGUCAGCAAGGCGCCUCUCGCAGGUGUGAUGAAAAGGAGUAUGGAUCACGAGUGCUGUGUGUAAUCUGUUCAUUGUCUGACAGAGCUGCACCACACGCAUGGAUGCAGCCGUGCCUCGCCUCGAAUGCAGGCUGAGAUGUCACAGUCUUUGCCCUUCCUGCGUCGCCCCUCUGGCGACGCAUUCAAACAGGGAUGGGCAGGCGAUGUCGGUUUUGAUCCGCUCUACUUCAGGUGAGGCUACAUUCACACAUUAAGUGUUGUGUGUACUCCUUGCUGGCCCCUUCAGUGAAGUGUUCGACCUGAGGACGAUGAAGGUGCUGCGCGAAAGCGAGAUCAAACAUGGCCGCGUCGCCAUGCUGGCAGUAGUGGGCUUCAUCCUCCAACAAUUCAUCCACUUCCCUGGUAUAUAUAUAUGACUCCAUAUCUCUCCCGUUGCGUGUGUACUCGGUCGUUGCCCUCUUCAGGCUUUCCUUCUGAACCUGAUCAAGUGAAGGCCUUCUACAAAGUACCGCCUGCAUCCAUUGGGUUUCUCAUCGCAGCAUCGGGUAUUGCUGAAUGGUAUCUUCAUAAGGUAGCAAUGAAAAGUGCAGAACCAAGAAGCAUGCUGCUCAGCCUCUGUAUGCGUGCAGGGCAACCUCGACACCAACACAUGGUUCACAGGAGACGACGCAGAUCGUGAGCCAGGCGCACUGGGUUUCGACCCCCUCAAGAUGGCAAAGGGAGGCACGGGAUCCGAUGACCUCAAGCUGAAGGAAAUCAAGAACGGAAGACUGGUGAGCCCGGGAAGCUUCCUUACCUACACCCAUUAACGUCUGUGGGUGCAGGCCAUGUGCGCGAUCGGUGGACUCAUUCAUCGUUCCUUCGUCACUGGCGAACCCCUCUUCCCAAACGUACGCAAACAGAAAGACAGAUGACAGGAUGCAUCGAUAAUGACUGCGUCGUGUAUCCGGUUGUCUUAAGUUGCUGGGAACUCCGAGCGCUUGAAUCGUUUCAGAAAAG